UCGAGUCCAUGCGCCAGCAGCAGUCACAACAGUGUGAGUGUGAGUGAAUGGGCAGUACAAGUACAGUGAGAGUGUACUGUAGACCUCGAAAGAGUCACACUCGCACCCUAUCUCUCCGCAUCUCCGUUGCGCGAUAGCUUUGCAGCAUGCGUGAGCAGCUAUGGCAGCUGCCCUUCCCACCUUGCCUCGCACCUACAAACCUUCUUCAUCCAACAAUUCACGAUUACAAUUUCACGCUUCACAUCUUCGCAUUUUGUUCGAACGCGCCAGCAUCUCAUUUCCCUCACCAUCCUUCCCCCUCCAUCCAACCUUUCUCCUUCGCCGGCAGAUACUCGAGAAAGACCCAGAAUAAAGGCGGGACCUCUUUUGGCGCUCGUGCCUCUCAGUCAAUCUCGCCCCGCACACUCCAAUCGUAGAUCGCACGUACCACCAUCCUUUCGCAAUCAGGCAAGCUGCCAGUGUACUCAGUCGCUGCUUUUGUGCACGCAGAGGCACUUCAGGCUGUCUUGAGCAUCGGCAUACCGCUCUACUGCAGCGCCACGCUAGUUCUUGUUCGACGUUGGCUUGGAACACGUAGGGAAGCACACCAACGCAGCGCUGCGCCUCGUUUUUCACCACGACGGCGGGCCACGAACCGAGUUGGGAAAUUUGUCACCGCUCGCUCCUCCGUCUUGACCUACUCUUGGUAAAAU